UUUUUGCGGUUAAUGAACAAUGGACUCGGUAUCUUACUUUGGCGAGGAUGUCGGCACUGAAGUCGAUUCGGUGGACCUGGACGCCGGCAUCCUGACUCUAACCUUCAUCGCCACAGACGAUCACAUUACCGAUGCUGGCACUCUCGAUGAGGGCCUGGUCGCCACCAUAGCCGACAACAACACAUCCACGCUUCUGGCCGUCGUUGGCACCGCUAGAGGCGGCUCUGUGGCCACAUCCGUAUCUGUCUCGCUCUCCGUGCAGGCAUGCGCAGCGAUCGCGCCAAACACGCCUGUCGAGGUCAUCUGCAAAGUGACGAACCCGCAGCUGUCCCACCCGCAUGCACUGGCGACAUUCAGGAGCACUACCGACCCUGCCGUUGUCUAUGCGGUCUGCGGCCACACAAAAUUCGCAAAGGACGUGCUUGGGAAACUGUGAAAAUUUCCCAAAGUGGCUCCAGAGAACAGAAUUUCCCGCGCGCAAGAUCGGAUGCCCUCGGCGCACCCAUCCCUCCGGAGGAAAACUCGAACCUCCGUGCAUGCUAACGUGAAAAAGAAAAAGAAAAAAGCUUAAUCCAG